GUGCGAUGGCGCUGGGCUUCGGCGGAGCGUGGAGGCUGCGGCUGCUCCUCGCACAGCUGAGGCCUGGGAUCCGUGUUCCCCAAGCCGGGUCGGCAGCCGCGUUCGGCACCGCAGUGACGGCGGCCAAGGUGACUGUGAAUGGCGUACAGCUGCACUACCAGCGGGCCGGCGACGGCGAGCACGCGGUUCUGCUGCUCCCAGGGAUGCUGGGAAGUGGUGACAGUGACUUCGGCCCCCAGCUGAAGAACUUCAACAAGGAGCUGUUCACGCUGGUGGCCUGGGACCCUCGGGGCUACGGACACUCCAGACCCCCGGAGCGAGAUUUCCCAGUGGAUUUUUUCGAAAGGGACGCCAGAGAUGCCGUGGAUCUGAUGAAGACGCUGCAGUUUAAGAAGGUGUCCCUGCUGGGCUGGAGUGACGGCGGUAUAACCGCCCUGGUGGCCGCCGCCAGGUACCCGUCCUACAUCCGCAAGAUGGUGAUCUGGGGGGCCAACGCCUACGUCACGGACGAGGACGCCAGAAUAUAUGAGGGUAUCCGGGAUGUCUCUAAGUGGAGUGAGAAAGUAAGGCAGCCCCUGGAAGCCCUGUACGGCUAUGACUACCUUGCCAAAACCUGUGACCAGUGGGUGGACGGCAUACUGCAGUUCAAACGCUUCCCAGAGGGCAGCAUCUGUCGGCAGCUGCUGCCGCUCGUGCAGUGCCCCACCCUGAUCGUGCACGGCGAGAAGGACCCGCUGGUCCCACGUUUCCACGCUGACUUCCUGCAUGAGCACAUCAAAGGGUCACGGCUGCACCUGAUGCCGGAGGGCAAACACAACCUGCACUUGCGCUUUGCCACCGAAUUUAACAAGUUAGCAGAAGACUUCCUGCGGUGACUCACCCGAGCCUCGGGCUCCUGGGUGUGGCGCCAUCACAGCACAUCGCUGUCCCUGUCAGCUCACCCAUCUUCUGUCCCUUCCCCGCCACCUGACUCUGAUCAAACUGAAGCCAAGAUGACAGCCCCUCAAUCACAAGGCUGCAAAAAAUGAAAGCAGCGGUCUUUAA